UCAAUCAUAUCUUAAAACUUUUGACAAGUAUAUGCAGUUAUCUGACAAGUCAUAAUCUUGAAAUUAUUAUCCUGGACUAAAAUAUAUAAGGACAGUAUUGAUUCAGAGAUGAUUUAUUCCUUGCCAAUUAUUCGGGAUUAAAACAAGAACGAUAUAAUUGAUUCAUUGAAUAAGGCAAAGCUGCAAAUUAAAUUCGAUCUGACAGAUGAUAUUGGACAAUAAAAGCAAGCUUUAUAUACAUAUUAAUAACUUGCUUUAUUCUCUGUCAGUAUGCUUGCGAUAUCAAGAAGUUUAUGUCAGAAAAACCUUCAGCAGAGUUAUUUUUUUAAUUGCUCUAUAAGAACUUGCCAUCGUACCUGGACAUAUAAGAGAUCUCUCAUUCAAGAUAAAACUGACCAUAGAAAGCCACAGUACUUAAAAUUGCAAAAAUGUGACUUUCGUACUACACAAAACUUGCAUGUUCCACCAUUAGUGGCUAUGCUUUUACGUCCUGUCUUACGUAUUAGUGCGUUACUCAUGGGACGCAGUAUGAAGAAAUGGUGGGCACGCAAGUCUGGGAAAGAAAAAGAGGAAUAUAAGCGAUGGUUUAGGGAAAGAAGCAAUGUAUUUCUAGGUUGUUUUGGACUGUAUAGCCUUAUAUUGGCUAUUUACUACAUAACUCAUCUUAAAACUGAUCCAUUAACACAGCGUUUAAGAUUUAUAAUUUUUAACAAGGAGCAAGAGAAGAAAUUAGGAAAAAUGAUUCUUGAAGCUCAUUUAGAUGUUCAUAAACGAGAUUUGGUACCACAUUCUCAUCCAGCUUACGAAAGACUCGUAAGAGUGAUUGAAAAAAUUCGUAUAGCUAAUGGAGAUUUAAAAUCAAUGAGAGAUACACAGUGGACUCUAACUGUUAUUAAUACACCAUUAACAAACUCGUAUAUCUUGCCGGGUGGAAAUAUCUUUAUAUCUUUAGACAUUUUAAAAAUUAUCGAAAAUGACGACCAAUUAGGUAUUAUUUUAGCCCAUGAAAUGGCUCAUUCGUUGCUAUCACAUUCCCUCGAGGCACUAUCGAAUCAACUGUUGUGGGACUUUUUAAUAGCAAUACCUAUAUUAUUAAUUUGGGCAUUAUUUCCUGAUAUUACAGCUGCUAUAAUUCAUAUGAUAGGGGAACGAAUUGUGAAUGUCGUGUACAAUCUUCCAUUCCAUAGAAUUUUGGAGAAUGAAGCUGAUGAAGUAGGACUUAAACUGGCUGCAAAAGCUUGUAUUGAUAUUCGUGAAGCUGUUGUAUUUUGGGCUACAAUGAGGACACUUACAGAAAUGCAUACAUUACCUCCAGAAUUGCCAUGGAUAUCGACACAUCCUGCUCAUGGGGACAGAGAGAAGAAUUUAAAUCAAACCAUGACAAAAGCAUUAGAAUUGCGAAAGGAUUCAGGGUGUCCAUUGCUGCCUGCAGUAGAUCCAAGAGAUAAAUUUUACAAACGAUCACCAAAGGAACAAGAGCUUUAUUUUAAACAAAGAGGAAUAAUUAAAGAUGAAAACUAGAAAACACUAAUAUCAUUCUGUCACUGUGC